CGCCGGCCCCGCGCCCCUCACAGCGCCCAGCGCCGCCAGCAGCGCCGCGGGGCCCGGCCCUGAGCCACGCCGGAUUGAAUUUCUGCCUGGCUGAGGUUCCUGCAGUGGCAGCAUGGAGAUGAGUCGGGAGAAGCUGUGUGCCAGCAAGGCUGAUGGCAGCUCAGACUCUGCCUACCAGUGCUCAGCGUGCCAUGGUGACCAGGACUGGGGCAGCACCAGCCGGGGCCGCGCCAAGUCACGCAGUUUGUCAGCUUCACCUGCCCUGGGAAGCACCAAAGAGUUCAGGAGAACACGUUCCCUGCAUGGACCAUGCCCAGUGACCACGUUUGGACCAAAGGCCUGCAUGCUGCAGAAUCCCAAAACCAUUAUGCACAUUCAGGACCCAGCAAGCCAGCGGUUGACAUGGAACAAACCUCCCAAGAGUGUCCUUGUGAUUAAGAAGAUCCGUGAUGCCAGUCUGCUGCAGCCCUUCAAAGAGCUCUGUGUGUACCUCACUGAGGAGAACAACAUGAUAGUGUAUGUAGAAAAAAAAGUAUUGGAAGACCCUGCUAUAGCUAAUGAUGAGAAUUUUGGACCAGUGAAGAAGAAAUUUUGCACCUUCAGAGAAGACUAUGAUGAUAUCUCCAAUCAGAUAGACUUUAUCAUAUGCCUGGGAGGAGAUGGGACCUUGCUUUAUGCUUCUUCACUUUUCCAGGGUAGUGUACCUCCAGUUAUGGCUUUUCAUCUGGGAUCCCUUGGAUUUCUUACUCCAUUUAAUUUUGAGAAUUUUCAGUCCCAAGUCACUCAGGUUAUAGAAGGCAACGCUGCUCUGGUCCUGCGGAGCAGGCUCAAGGUGAAGGUGGUGAAGGAGCACAGGGACAAAGGCUCAGUGCAGAAUGGGAUAGAGGAGAAUGGAGUCGUGUCUGCAAACCUGGAGAAAGAAGUGGGCAAACAAAUUAUGCAAUAUCAGGUCCUCAAUGAGGUUGUGGUGGAUCGUGGCCCUUCCUCCUACCUGUCCAACGUGGAUGUGUUCCUGGAUGGGCACCUGAUCACCACGGUGCAGGGGGAUGGGGUGAUCGUGUCCACGCCCACCGGCAGCACCGCGUACGCCGCCGCGGCCGGAGCGUCCAUGAUCCACCCCAACGUCCCGGCCAUCAUGAUCACCCCCAUCUGCCCCCACUCCCUGUCCUUCAGGCCCAUCGUGGUUCCUGCUGGGGUGGAACUCAAGAUCAUGCUCUCCCCUGAUGCCAGGAACACGGCGUGGGUUUCCUUUGAUGGGAGGAAGAGGCAGGAAAUCUGCCAUGGAGACAGUAUCAGCAUCACUACCUCCUGCUACCCCCUGCCCUCCAUCUGCUUCCGGGACCCCGUGAGCGACUGGUUCGAGAGCCUGGCCCAGUGCCUGCACUGGAACGUGCGCAAGAAGCAGAACAACUUCGGUGUGGAGGAGGAGGAGUUCUGAGUGUGCCCAGCCAGCAGGGCUCUGGCGGGGCAGGGUGGCAGAAUCCUCCCUUCUGUUGGAUUUUGGAGCACUGGGAUGUGGCAGAAUCCUUCCCUUCUUUUGGAUUUUGGGGUAGGGGAAUCUGGCAGAAUCCUCCCUUCUGUUGGAUUUU